AUGUCGGCAACCGAAAAAAAGCUCCCUCCGGACGGAGGGGACAAAAAGGGGGCGCCCGUGGACAUCAGUAGGCUCAGCUCGGGGCGUCUGCACCCUGUGCCCGAUGAAUGUUUGGGUUACGAAGAAGAGUCUGUCUACGACUACGGCAUUCCUGAAGAUGUGCGCGGAUACGAAGAAGACGGCUCUGUCCACGACAAACCACGGGCUGCUGGCGGAAAGAAAACUCCCGGCGAGGAAGAAAGCUUUGCCUACAAGGCUAAAGACCUGAAUGAAUGUACCUGGAAGCCAUGCCUACAUGGACGCUGUGUGAACAAAGAUGGCGGAUACAACUGUAUCUGUAAUCCUGGAUGGACUGGACAGAACUGUCAGCAAGACCUGAAUGAAUGUGAUGGAAACCCAUGUAAACAUGGACGCUGUGUGAACAAAGAUGGCGGAUACAAAUGUACCUGCAACCCUGGAUGGACUGGACAGAACUGUCAGCAAGACCUGAAUGAAUGUACAGGAAACCCAUGCCAACAUGGACGCUGUGUGAACAAAGAUGGCGGAUACAAAUGUACCUGCAACCCUGGAUGGACUGGACAGAACUGUCAGCAAGACCUGAAUGAAUGUACAGGAAAUCCAUGCCAACAUGGACGCUGUGUGAACAAAGAUGGCGGAUACACAUGUACCUGCAACCCUGGAUGGACUGGACGUAGCUGCCAUCUUGGCAAACCAUGUCCUAUGGGGUGGAGUGGAUAUAAGAACCACUGCUACAAGUUGAUGAAAGACGCAGCCACAUGGGAAGACGCAAAGAAACGUUGUGAACAACUCGGUGCAAAUCUGGCGUCUAUCACAAGCUAUGGCGAGGCCAACUUCAUCAACACUAUCAUCACUGACGCUCCUGUAGGGAAGUGGGGCAUUUAUCUCGUCUGGUUUGGACUGCAUCGCAAUGAUGAAUUCCGUAAGUUUACGGAUGGGUCACAGGUUUUCUACACAAACUGGGAGCCGGGUCAGCCCAACAACAAUGGCAACAUCUUCACAGGAAACGAGGGACAGGACUGCGUCGGCAUGUACUCAAAGAGUGGCAAGGGCUGUGGCGGCUAUCUUUUCCCUUUAUUACAUGUGCAAAAGGGACAGUGGAAUGAUGAGCAGUGCUACCGUCCCUUUCCCUUCAUCUGCAAGCGCCCAAAAUGA